AUGUCAACACCCAAGUCUCCAAUAAAGAGAUCCCAGCAAGAAAGCUCAAUCCCUCCAAACUCCGGUGUUAGCGAAUCAAGAAAGCGCCAAACCAAGAGAGAUGAGGCUAUCAGAAGGAAGCUAGAAAAUGAUCUAUCCAAGAAGAAAUCGGGGAAAUCUGCUGCUAAUGCUGCUACCAAAAAGAGCCCGCACUCGAUGAAAAAGGGCAAGUCUCCAUCGGGACCAGGAACCGUGUUGUCUUUGUACCCAACUGAACCGGUGAUCUGUAAACCAUCUACUACCGUUUAUGAAGCGGCGCAACUGAUGAGUGCCAGAAGAGAAAACUGUAUUCUUGUGGUUGACUACGAUGAUCAUGAUAACACGGAAGAAGAUUCUGCUGUUACAGGUGCCUUGCUAGGUAUCUUUACUGCAAAGGACCUUGCAUUCCGCGUUGUUGGAGCUGGUCUGAAGUCCUCUAGUAUUACCAUCGACCAAAUCAUGACUCCACACCCAUUGUGCGCCACAUCUGAUACUCUCGCGUCAGAGGCUCUUAAUUUGAUGGUUGAACGAGGCUUCAGACACUUACCUGUUAUCGAUGCAGAUUCCCACGCUAUCAUUGGUGUCUUAGAUAUUACUAAGUGUUACCAGGAGGCGAUGGAAAAGUUGGAAAGGAUGUACGACCAUUCAAAGAAAUUACACGAUGCUUUCAAUUCCAUCAGUAAUGAAAUGGGCGGUUUUUCAGGAGGCAACCAACCUUUUGAAGUGGUUAAGUAUUUUGAACAUUUGAAAUCAGUCAUGAAUGGACCAACAUUGGAAACAGUUUUACAAGAUGAAAGUACGGUUCCCUCUUACGUAAAUGUUAAGACUAGUGUUCAAGAAGCAGCAUUACUAAUGAAGGAAAACCACACAACUGCAGUUUUAGUGAAAAACGAACUCAAUGACGUAUCGGGUAUCUUUACGUCAAAAGAUGUCGUCUUAAGAGUUAUUGCUGCUGGGUUAGAUCCAAGAACCGUCAGUGUCAUUAGGGUUAUGACCCCACAGCCCGACGUAGCCCCAAAGACGAUGAGUAUUCAGCACGCCUUGCGUAAAAUGUUUGAUGGACAUUAUUUGAAUUUGCCAGUUGUUGAUGACGGAGAAAUUGUAGGGAUUGUUGAAGUUCUUAAGCUUACAUAUGCAACGUUAUCUCAGAUUCAUUUGAUAUCAGAUGGGGAAUCAAUGACUUCACAAUCCCAAAAGAGCAGUAUGCCAAAUACCCCAAACAAGAGCCCUGUAGCCGGCCCUGCAUGGAAUAAAUUCUGGAACGGUUUUGAUCUAAUGACGGACACUUCUUCUGUACAUUCAGAAAGUAUUUUCAGUAAUGGUCCUCCAGAAAUUUCACAAACAGAAUUAGAUCAAUUCCAGCUUGAAAAUAGCAUGCAUCUAAAUGACUCGGUAUCUUUUGUUAACGAAGAGGCCAGCUCUUUAGUUGGAAGCAGUCAUAUCACCUCACAAACAGAUAUUCGGACCGCUUUACAGUCAUUUAAAUUCAAAUCGUUAAGCAAUAACCGCACCCACAGAGUAUCUUUAAGACCUAUUGAAGGUGUUUCCAAGCUUUUAGAAUUAAUUGGAGAAAAACUAGGCAGCUCUGAUGAAAUUGAUAUCCUUUACGUUGAUGAUGAAAAUGAUCUCGUCAGCAUAACGCAUGACCAGGAUUUGAUAGAUUGCGUUUUGGUCCACAAAAACAUGAACUUAGAUAAAAUUGAUUUGUUAGUGCAUUAUAAGUUCGAAACAGUGCCACAAGAAGCAGUUACAAAAUUGAUUCAGAAUAGAUUUAGUAAAAAUACUCGUGCCAAUCCCAAACAGUCCAGCAAUUUCAUUCCAGGGAUUUCUAAUGAGACGUUGCUACCGGCGGUUAUAUUUGCACUAGGAGCAUCAAUUGCUGUUAUAUUUUCCUUAGCGAGAAAGCGUUGA